CGCUGGGAAGGAGCUUGGUGAAACAUGUCCGAAGGGAAGUAACUGCGUAGUUAUGUAAAAACUGCAUACCGCUAAUAGAAAUAGGGUGGGGUCCGAUUGAAUUAUUUUUUUAUAUAUUGUCCCUUAUAAACUACAUCUACAACACACUGAAAAUUAUAACAAAUGAUUGCAGAAGAGAAGAAAACUAUUUACAACCGCGUAUUCGGCUGUAUUGAUAGUUUUAAGAAUAACUGUUGACUUCGUCAAUGUAACUCAACUUCGACGACAAUUCUAAAAAUAGCAGGUUAUGAAAUACGCACGCAACCUUUACCCUAGUUUGUGAAGUACGCUGAUUUUCCCGCUUUCUGCGUUAAUCAAUGAGUUUAGAGAUGGGAUUUUGAACCGACCCUCCGAGGUGUGGUAAACUAUAGCUUUGAGAAUAAUUGCAGGAAGAUUUACCUCCUCUUGCCAUGAGCAUUGUUGCACUACAUGAAUAUGUUGUGUGUUCUAUUCCGUUCAAUACAUUUCGCAAUUCUCUUGAAUACGUAUUUAUAUGCGCCAGUAAUUCAGCAACGGGUCCAUGGGAGAAGAACAUAAAAGAGAUACUAGCGGCCUCGUUGUAUUAUGAAGUAGUACUGCAUUGUCAAUUUGCUUAUUUGUUUACAUGUUGCCAUGGUAGCAAACAUUUGCUGACUGAAUGACUGCAGUCCGGUAGAGACAGCUAUCUCGAGGCUUGUCAUUCCGCCGACAGUGACGAGGGCUUGGUGUUUGUGACACACCGACCUGUGUAGCGGUCCCCGCUGAGCAUUAACACUAAACGACGGUUGUAUAUCCGUAUCCGUACGGAGCUUGUGCGGCGUACAGUAUGGUGUUAAUAUACUCUUUAUCUGGAUAUUGAACACACUACUGAUUGGAGGUUAUUGUGUGCUGUUUUGGAUUAGCGGUUACAACGACUUGACUCGACAAGCGUAACUUGAAGUCAUAGUUCACAGAUAAAUAUCAUUAGCUACCCAUGGGUCAGAGCGAAACGCAGAGAAAAUAUAGAAGCGGCCAUGGCAGAAGAAAUUAUCUAGAAGAGAGUUCCAUAGAAUCGCUGCGGAAUAGAAGACGGUUCUUUCGUCAAACGUGGAUGUUCUGAUUUUCUGAAUAGAAAAUAGUUUCUGUUGUUGAGAUCGGAGGGUUCACUGAGGAGAGUAGAGUGUGACGAUGGAGCACCUGGUACGAAGGUUCAACUUCAUGACGGCGGGCCAUGACCAACGAGAGGAAUUCAGCGAUGAGCAGAGGAACGACUCCGACAAGUACGAGGCGGUGGUGAACGAGGAGGAUCUCCUUGGGGCGUUCAGGUUGCUGAGGAAGGGGGUGUGUCGGCCCGACCUCCCCGGAGAGAGUUCUGAUCAGUAUUAUUUCGCUAAAGAUGUGCUGGAAAGUCUGAUGACUUGGUCAGAGGAUUUGAUGGAAAAUGGGAAGAUGAAAUCCUUGUCCCGCAUCCAUGACUUUUGCUUCGACUUCCUCCACGAACUGAUCCAGCAGGGUCCGGGGACGACACACAUGCAGUUGUGGAGCGUGAUGCUUGGCAACAGUGGAUUUGGGUUUAAAGAGUAUUAUCAUGACCUCACAGGAGACAAGCUGAAGAGUCACGUACGGUUUCUGAUGAGGGAGUACAGGAGCCGGGAGCCUGGUCCUGACAGAGAGAGGUUCGACAUCACAUUUGGUAAUGCCAUCGAUUACAUCGUUGACAGAGACUGCUUCAGAGAGGAAGCUUUCACGGAAGCGCAGACAGAGUUUAUAGAAUUGUACAUUUACCAUGAGUUAACGUUCCUGACUCGUUCAAAGGAAGUCCAGGAAAUCCACCACCGCAUUCCACAUAGUCUGUGGUAUAUAUACGACAGGAACAUCUUCAAGGACAUCGUUGACCCCAAGAUGUACAAACGUUUCCUGAAGCGUCUUGAAGACAUCAUCUGCAACCUCAACCUCACCACCGAGGAGUCUGAGAAGGUGCUCAAGAGUGUAACUGAUCUUCUUAAGAUGUUGCUGUCAGCCGUCGGCGAGACGUUCAUGUUGCACAAAGUUCACGCAGACAUCAUGGACUUUGUGAAUGUGAUCUGCACCAAGAAGGCAGGGAGCCCCAUCCACCCUAUUAUAGAGAGUGUUGGAUAUUUCCUGUACCACACGAAGGAGGAGGAGGGCAAGCCUACUAUAACGGGCAACUCUGAGCUGUUCACUGUGAUGACGAGGAAACUGAUUGACCUGUUGACCAACCUGGAGGACCACACCCUGAUGCGGGUCAAAUUUGUUGACGCAGCUGUAUAUGAUGUUCUUAUAAAGGCCAUGAACAAAACUCCUGAACACCGUCGGCUGAUGAUAGACCUGAUGAAGGCAUGUCUUAGGAUCAACCAGCCGAUGACAGCCAAGGCGGCUUAUAAAUGCGUCAGGGAAGCAGAAAAGUUUCUGAAGUGGAAGGAGCAUGUGAAAGAUGCGCAUGAGAUUCUGGACAUCCUGAUGACAGUCCGAGUGUUUGGAGAAGAGGAAGAGAUCGAUGAGUUUGCUGAAUACUACAAAAACUUUUGCAGUUACUUCGCCGAUCAAUUGAAGAGGGAUCGUAUCAUUCCCCAAAUGGUUGACAAAAUGGUCGAAUUUAGUUUGAAAAUUCUUGAGAGGAGAGAAGGCCGCCUGUUCGAAGCUGGAAGUGAAGUUGCAGAUGAAAUAGAGUUCAUCGGAAAGAAAAACAAGGACCUGAUAAUGUCGACAUUUUCCAAUCUGCUGCCCUUCCUGAAAGAUCCCAACUUUCCCUGGAAAGGCGACUGGUUCGGUUAUUCGGGCAGGAUUGUUAGCAAGCUUGCCCCGAGCUCGAUUGAAGCCUUAGAGCCCAAAAGCAUAACUGAAAAGGACCUAAGUGUCAUUGCCUACUUCGUGAUGACGGUGAUGAAGGGAGACUUCAUUGAUGAGGAAACUAACACACCAAGCACAAUCUACUUCCAGCUGUACUGUUCGGUCGCGACAAAAUUUCUCAGCCUUCUGGACGACCAGGAGAAGGCGCAGCGAGCCAUCCUAGUGUUGAGAGAAAUUGUCAACUUGACGACUCACGAAUAUAGCGAAGUUUCUGACAUGGCCAUGGCCCAGGUCAGCCUCGUUGUGGGGAAUGGGUCAAAGGUCAUGGCACCGUUCUUUCCCAAGCUGAUGGACGUUUACAUGGACACAGAGAAUUCCACAUUGUUAUAUCCCUUGAGUCAGAUCUACCCACACUACCCCAAACUUCAAGAUCAACAAUUCCAAACUAUCUUCGAGUUGAUCGACACCCCAGAACGGUCGUCUGUAUUACAAUGGUGUAUAGAGAUAGCCAAGAAACAACCGAAUUUGUUUACUGAGGGCAAUAUUGGUAAGCUGAUUGAGGAGAUGUUCCAAGGCGAUGAAAGGAUGCAGGCAAUGUAUAUGAUGGUCAUGGAACCACUUUCCAAGAAGAUACCAAGAAAGCUCAUCCCACACCUGAAAACUCUGAUGGAAGGCGAUGUUAACUCCCAAUACGGUGCCAAGUAUCAACUCUUCAUUGUUCUCAAGAAUGUGGCCAUUAUGAGUGAAGACGAGGCUUUGGCAGAGGAUGUGAUGGCAUACCUAGAGAAGGUCCUUCGAGGUCCUGAAGACAACAUGGUGACUUCCACCUGCAUCAAUGAGAUGCGUGCUAUAGGAGGUGUAUACCGACCACUGUUGGAGCGUCGUAAACCAGCCAUAGAGGACUUGAGGAAACGAACUACUACACAAACAACAAAGGACCAGUGUACCUUCAUCUUGGAUGUCCUAGAAGGAAGAAGCCUGGAGUCCCUGGCUGAAGAGAUCAAGGAUGUAAAAGAAGAUGUGGAAGAACUGGACACACGAGUGACAAGUACUGAGGUUGGCCUGGUGCUGCUCAACCAAGAGGUGGGUGAGCAGCGAGAGGAGCUGGAUGGGGUCAAAGUCGACGUUAAGGCUCAUGGCAAGAAGAUUGGCCAACUGGAGGAGACAGUGGAUGACACCAAGGCUAAAGUGGAGGAACUUGACGGAAAGACGCUUAGUCAUGCUCCCUAUUGGGCAAGAGACGUGGCCAAACUGCUCAACCCUGAAGACCUUCUGGACUGGACACUUCUCUCUAGACGUCUUGGCUACACCAAUGAUGACAUCAGGAGCUGGGCUCAGAUGCACGACCCAUGUAUGGCCAUGCUGAAUGAAUGGUACGCCACUCGGAAGACGAGGGAAGCCACAUACGCUGUGCUGACAGCACUGCAAGAGAUGGACAGGAUGGAUGCAGCUGUGAUCGUGGAGAAUGCAAUGAAGAUGACAGAAGCUGUAGUCGAGGACGAAGAGUUUGAGUACCCAGAGCCUCCAGAGGUGUUUAUCAGCUACCAGUGGGGAAUCCAGAACGAGGUGAAGCUUCUGAAGCUGCACCUGGAGAAGGCGGGCUUCACGUGCUGGAUGGACAUUGGUCAGAUGGGAGGCGGAGACAAGCUGUUCGAGAAGAUUGACCAGGGAAUCAGGGCAGCCAAGAUCAUCAUCUGUUGUGUCACUGGGAAAUAUGCCAAGUCUCCAAACUGCAAUAGAGAGGUGAACCUCUCGGUAAGCCUGGGUAAGCCCAUCAUCCCUCUGUUGAUGGAGAAACUGUCUUGGCCACCACCAGGCUCAAUGGGGCCAAUCUUCAGUGAGUAUCUGUUCAUCCGAUUCUUCACCCGGCCUGGGGAGGAGACUGGUGACGUCAGGUUCUGGUCAGCAGCCAAGUUCCAGGAACUCCUGAUGCAGGUCAACUACAACAACGUCAAGCCGGAGGAACAUAAGGUGGAAAAAGAAUACAAGAACUGGUGGUGUCCUGUGGCUGAAGUAAUCAAGAUAGAAAAGAAGGAUGUGAAGGCGAUGACGGCCGCCAGUCAGCAGAAACAGGAGGAGGUUGAGUCUGGAGCAGCCUCUCCUGAUGUAUUCAUCUCCUACCAGUGGGGAAAACAGAAGCAGAUUCAACUCAUGUACAAGCGCCUGACUGAGAUGGGCUUCACCGUCUGGAUGGACAUCUACCAAAUGGGAGGUGGGGACUCCCUCUAUGACAAAAUUGACAAGGGUGUGCGGGGGGCAAAGAUCGUGCUCACGUGUGUCACCUCAAAAUAUUCCCUGUCGGCCAACUGCAGGAGGGAAGUCAGUCUCGCUGAUGCCCUCAAGAAGCCAAUAGUGCCUCUGUUGCUGGAGAAGAUGACAUGGCCACCAUCUGGCCCGAUGAGCAUGGUGUUCACUCAGCUUCUGUACAUCAACUUUGCCAAGGAUGAAUCUGUUCAGGAAAGAUGGGAUGGAGAAAAGUUUGAUGAACUAUUGACCAAAUUAGAUCAGUACGUGCCGAAUAUUAUUGUGUCAGGUGAUGAGGAACCAGAAGAACCUGUUCCUUCUACUGACGAUAAGGAGGACACACCACCACCGACCCCUGAGCCCGAAGUAAAACCAGCAGCAGAGCCUGAAAAACCACCACAAAAACGGCAGCCGUCUCAACAACAGCAACAACCACGAACAGAACGGAUUCCACAGCAGUAUCAGCAACCCCCUCCACAACAACCCCCGCCACAACCCAAGACGCAGCAGCAGCCCCCGCCUCAGCAGCAACCACAGAGACAUCAACCACCGCCCAGUCAACCAGAGCAAAAGAAGUCAAGGUCCUGCUUGAUACUGUAGAAACACAUUUAGCCUUUCCCGAACACGUGGUGUCAUCAGUGAUCCAUCCACAUAAUUUUUACUUCUAUUUUGCCUUGUUCGCCCAUUGGUGUCGGUUUCAGUGGAGAAUCGAGACUGGAUAUUCUUGUGCUGAUGUUUAACUUAAAAGCAAACCGUGACAAACUGUAAAUAAAAGCGAUAAAACCCUUUCCACGUUCAUAAAAAACCUCCGCCUUAAGCAGUCAUUUAAGUUUUUUAUCCUGUACUAAUGUUUUCCGUCUUUUGAUUUAAUCGCUGCUUGUAUGCACUUGUCAUCACAGAAGGCCUACCUUUUUCGGAUUACUGUUACUUUAACCAACGAGGCGCCAAUAGUGAACUGAACACUUCUACAAUUUACCCAUAGGAAGAGAGAUGCCAAGCAGUACAUUAUGUAUAUGUGUAAUUGAUUUUCGUCAUCUUGUCACAUAGAAAACCAAUGAAGUAAUAUAGUUUAGUGUGUUCAUAAUAUUACAAAUACAUGGCAGAAGCACUUUGAAUAUAGUACAUGUAUUUCCAUGUAUUCUUAAUGCUACAUAGUCUCUUAUAAGCGUAUUGUGAUUGGCACGAAACGGGAAUCUGUACUCAAAGAAGUGUUAUUUGAGUGAGUGUAAUACAUAUAAUAUAUAAUAUGAGAUAAUCAUGUUAAUAAUCAUGUUGAUAAUGUGUGCGUGCGAAUUGUUGAUCGAUUUGGCAAUGGGUUAAAAGCGUGUUUGUGGACAUAAACUGUGAUAUUACUGGCUGACGAAUGUAAAUACUUCAUCCACAAAUUACUUCUUGAAACCGUUCAUGAUGCGUCAUAUAAUUUUGUAUGCCUAACUGUGAUACCCAUGGUUUGUAUUUAUUUUAAAAAAUAUUUUUAUUCAUGUGAUAUUUUUAUGAAUGUAGAUAUGUAAAUCCUCUUUUGUGUAAACUGUCGGGCAGAAGAAAGUAUAUACUUAAAAACUGGAUUUCACCAAAAUAUUAUAAACGUUAAAAAAAAAUUACUCAGUUAAAAACAGUCGCAGAAACACUGAAUCGAAGGGUCCAAAACAUACAUCCGAAACGCGCAUCAAGACAUAACCAUGCAAAAAACAUUUCUUGUUUGUUUCUUUUUAGCCACCAUCAAUCAUGAGUGUAUACGUUCUUAGGUCUGGCUGUGAAUGUGUUUCUAACAUCGUCUCCACUGUGUAUGAAGCUGCCGUUGAUUAGUUGUCAAGUGUUUAUUUAUGCCAAUACUGUGUCUUAUACAGAGAACUAUACACCGAAUAAAUGAGACUGAAGUCUGA